AUGAAAACCCCCUUCCUACUUCAAUAUAUGCGGGUACCCCAUACCGUUAUCCAAUCAUUGGCUCAAAAUUUUAUGGAUCCCGUGGCAAAGACCGAACUAAACCAGCCUUGGCUUGAGGAGUUGGACGAAUCAUCAUUAGAUAGUAAGGAGUUCUUUAAAAACGCCGCCCCAAUUGCAACAGAGACUGAUUCAGAAGUCAGUUCAGCUGAAGAUUGCUGGAGUGACGAGAUUGGAGCUGAAGAUAAGCCCGAUUGGCACGUUCCAAAACUCACCAUUCCAAUCAGUGCACGAGCAAGUGUCCCAUUACGUGGCAGUACUUUAGAUUACAAUUUAGUCAAAGGUGUUUUUACUUCUAGUACUUCUCUUAUCAAAAUAGAUAAGAAUGGAGAUCUCUUUUACUUUUUAGAUACAUUGGGCCGGAUUUAUGUGCAAGGCAAAGAUAAGCAAGUCGAUCUUUUAGAGAUGCAAACUCCCGAAGGCCGUCCUUGUUUAUUCGUUGAUUUAAUAUCUCUUAGUGAUAGUACAAUAGUAGCUCUAGGCCGUAAAUGUCCAACUCUCUUUGUGAUUAAGCAGGGUAGAGUUAGAGAAGUAAAAGUACCUAAACAUGAGGGUAAGUCCAAAAAGAUAAGAAAGUAUGAUGUUAAUGAUUAUAUGGUUAUUUCUGGUUUAUCUAUUUUUAUCUACUAUGGUAGUACUCAUUUAGUGAGAUAUCGUUUGGAUUUUGAAGAGGAAGUUUUAGAUGCUUACUAUUUAGCUAGUGAAAAGAUGGUUUAUAUCUUAUUAAGUAGUCGGGUGGUUAAGUACUCGAUGGAAUUACGGGCCCGUUUGGGGCAGUCGGGUAUUUUAGUUGGGGCAUUGAGUUUAGGGUUUAGUAAGGACUUAGUCUUAGUAGGUUUAGCGAGUGGGUUGAGUUUAAUGGAUAGUCAGAGUUUGCAAGAACGGGAGCACAUAUCUAAUCUGGCUAACGUAGAUAGGAUUAUUACGAUGGAGAGUCUGAAUGUGAUUGUUUAUGGGUCUUCAGAGGGUGUGAAUGGUUUACGACUGAUUAAUGCACGUACUCAGCAAGUGAUUGCUAAUUUUCCAGGUGGACGUGGUCUAGGCCGAGUAACUGCUUUUGCCGAAGGACCCAAAGGUCUGUUGUUUGCAGAAGGCCGCGUAGUGUCUCUUUUAAGCCCCAAAGGACCAGUGACCGAGUCUUAA